UGUGUAUUGAGAAAUCAUAUUUCCACUCCACACGUUUUUCUUGACAUUCAUUUGUUGUAUGAGGAAAAAGGCAUAUGUUUCUGUUUCUAGGUUAACAACAGACAUUCCGUUCUAGGCUACUUGAUCUGCCCAGUUUGUGAGGGUUUUCAGUUGUAAUUUUUUAAGUUUAGGAAAGUAAUUUCAGUCCACUUUAAUAAGGUAACUUCUCAUUGGCUGAUGUAAUGCCUAUCAGCUAUAGGGUUAGGUUGCACCUACGUUGUCCGUAACGAGAUGGACAGAUAUUUUUAUCAACAGUAUGUAGCAGUUAAUUUUCUCUGAAGGGUGAUUUUCCCUUACUGUGGAGAUGCGGCGUGGGGAGUCUCUUCCACGGGCCUUUCAGGCUCCAGUGGACGUCCAUGCCAGUGUGGACGGGCAGGUGUACAUGUUCCAUGGCCGACAGGCAGACUCCGGGGGCUCCUCGGAGGACGAUGAGUUCAACGUGAUGGAGUUGAGGCCCAGAGGCCGCGACUCAGAGGAGCGUGAGAGAGAGAGGGUGGGCGAGCUACUGCUGCUGGAGAGAGAUAUCUCACAGGGGGACAAUCUCAACAAGCUGGCACUGCAGUAUGGUUGCAAGGUGGCUGAUAUCAAACGAGUGAACAACCUGAUUCAGGACCAGGACUUGUACGCAUUGAAAUCGAUUAAAAUUCCUGUGAAGAAGCAUAGCAUCCUCACAGAGACCAACUCAGAACUUCGUGAGCCUGAACCAGAACCCUCAACUCAAUCCACUGCCUCUGCCGUAUCCUGUGAAACUCCCACAGAAGGCUCCCCUGGUAGGCCUCAAGUGCAGGAGUACACAGACUUUCUCAAAGAGGUGGACAAUGACAUUGAGAGGCUCAUUCAAACCACGGAGGAGGAGUUCCUGGUUGACCAGGAGGGUCCGAGGAGAUGGGGGCCUCGUGGGCAGCGCCUGGGCAGCUACGGGGCCGACUGGGGCAUCCAGUGGUGGAACGCUGUGGUGGCCAUGCUUCUCAUUGGCAUCGUGCUGCCCAUUUUCUAUGUGGUCUAUUUCAAAACCCAAGACAGUGGAACAGCCGUUUUGGACGACAGCGGGGUGAACAGCUCCAGCUCCAUCACUACCUCAAAUAGCUCGAUUGCGAGUGUCAGUAUGUUGAGCCCUGAAAGUACUGUGAUGGACCAUUUAAGCAAGCCACACACAUAGUUUGGAGUGGCAGACAUUUGGGAAAGAUGCUUGGAAUUCACCCAUGGUCUGUCAUGUCUCGUUUUUGUUUUGUGCCAAAGCAAGAUGAGCACUUUCAGGUCUCCAAAGAAACAUCAGCUUAAACCAAACAAGAGAAAGUGGCUUAUGUAAAAUCAAGAAAUGCAUAGGAUGUUUAACAUGAUCAAUAAUAUCAAUACUGGUGUAACACAUUUUCAUGUGGUUAUUAUAGCUUCAUAUAGCUGCCUGUUGAGGAUUAGUUUGUCUUUAUUUCAGCAGUAUUAACUGUUUUUGGUUAUUCAAUUCACACACAAUUGACAUGCUGUAUUUAUGACUGUGGUGUAGUGUUUUGCUCUGUCGUUUCAAUUUUGUUUGUCGUUAAAACCAUCUGGUACUUGUUGUUCCAGAACAUUCUGUGAUAGUGAUAUAGCACUACAUUCUAACUAUGCACUUUUGUGAAGGUUUAGCUUAUGAUUGAUUUGUGAGUGUGAGUCUUCAAAGAUCAAUUAAUAUAUAAGGUAUGGGCAUCCAGAGCUUUAAUACCUAUAGCUAGACCCUCAAUACGAAAAUAACCCUUUCAAUAUCAUCACAAAGUGGUAUACAGUACAUGACAAUGCCAACAGAUAAACUAUGUUUUGCCUUUUUUCAUUAAGACGCUGGAACAUUGAGGGGGCUUUUUGACUUGCUGCCUUGUGUGAAUUUAUAUUCAUACCUUAAAGAGGCAAUUCAAUCUAAUCAAAAACUACAACAUGUAUUUUUAUUUAAUCUUACUAAAGUAUAUGCCUGACAGGCAGUUCUAUGCAGAAACUGUAAUGUGUAUGGAAGUGCAAUAAAUGUCCUCUUUACAGUU